UGCAGCCUCUGCCCAUUGGCCCAGCGGGUGAUGAGCUGUGGGACAGCUUGUAUAAAAGCUGGGUCUGCACUGAGCUCUCCCAAGCACUGCUCUGGCCUCCUCCUCCUUGGGAACAGGAGCUCCAUCCCAUCAGCCCAAGAUGUCUUGCUACGACCUGUGCCCACCCAAAACCAGCGUGGCCGUGCCCCAGCCCAUCGCUGAGAGCUGCAACGAGCUGUGCGCGCGCCAGUGCCCCGACUCGACGGCCUUCAUCCAGCCACCGCCCGUCGUCGUCACCUUCCCCGGCCCCAUCCUCAGCUCCUUCCCCCAGCAAGCCGUGGUGGGCUCCUCCGGAGCACCCGCCUUUGGGGGCUCCCUGGGGCUGGGGGGCCUCUACGGCGCCGGGGCCACUCAGGGCUCGGGGGGCCUCUGCACCUUUGGCAGACCCUACACUUCUGCCUGCAGCCCCUGCCCCUUGCCCCGCUACAGCAGGAAGCUCUGGGACACCUGCGGGCCCUGCUAAACCCAGGCCCUGUCCACAGCCAGCACCACCAGCAUCACCUCAUGCCUGAACUAAUGGGCAUGGGAUGCUGCGAAGUGCUGAGCUGUGGCUGAGACCUGAACAGCUGGCAGCGUUGGCACCUUUGCUCUGCCGGGUUCUCCUGCCCAUUCCUCUUCUUCCAUGGACUACAACCUGAACCUGGCCUGACUUCCUCGCUUUACCCCAUUCUCCCAAUGACCUUUGAAUAAUAAAGUUUUCCUGCAUUCACUAAAGCCUUCUCCCUCUCUUUGUUGUUGAUUCAAAAAGUUAGAGGUGGUUUUGAGGCAGCUGGGCUUGGGCA